CACUCCACCACGUGUUCACUCUGUUUAUGGACGCGUUGAGAAACGCCUGCAGGUUAUACUUUUCUGCCGCCACCGCAAAAAUCACAAUGACCAACUUUAAAUUCAUAGAUAUUGGCAUUAAUCUGACAGACCCGAUGUUCAGAGGAGUUUACAGAGGGACUCAGAAACAUGAAGAUGAUUUUCCUCAGGUCGUCGAGAGAGCGCUGCAGGUCGGCGUGCAGAAGUUCAUCAUCACUGGAGGAAACCUGGAGGACAGCAGAGACGCGCUCAAACUCGCACAGACUCGAGAGGAGUUCUUCAGUACGGUGGGCUGUCACCCGACACGCUGCGCUGAGUUCGAUCAGCAGGGCGCAGAUCAGUACCUGUCGUCUCUCAUGGAUCUGAGCCUCAGUAACAGACAGAAAGUGAUCGCUGUGGGAGAGUGUGGCCUCGAUUUCGACAGGCUGGAGUUUUGUCCCAAGGAAACUCAGCUCAAGUACUUCGAGCGGCAAUUUGAUCUGGCAGAAGAGACUCGGUUACCCAUGUUCCUCCACUGCAGGAACGCACACGCAGAGUUCCUCGACAUCAUGAAGAGGAACAGAGAGCGGUGUGUUGGUGGAGUGGUUCACUCGUUUGACGGCUCUCAGCAGGACGCGGCGGCUCUGGUUGAUCUGGAUCUGUAUAUCGGUAUCAACGGCUGCUCAUUGAAAACAGCAGAGAAUCUAGAGGUGAUGAAGUCCAUCCCGACCGACAGACUCAUGAUCGAAACAGACGCUCCAUGGUGCAGCAUUAAAAACACUCACGCCGGAGCUAAACUGAUCAAAACCACCUUCCCCACGAAGAAGAAGUGGGAGGCGGGACACUGUGUGAAGGACAGGAACGAGCCGUGCCACAUCAUACAGGUGCUGGAGGUGAUGGCGGCCGUCAGGGGCGAAGAUCCACUGGACUUUGCUGAAACCAUUUACAACAACACUGUGAGACUGUUCUUCAAAAACACAUUAUGAGGACGACUUCUAUUUUCAUAUACUUGUGUAUAAUACAGCAGCGUGUAUAAACAAUAAACGUGACAAGAAACAUG